CUCCUCUGGCUGGGCGUGGUGUCGCUGUGGCGUGGCAUCUUCCUGCUCAUGGACACCGACUCGGGCCUCAGCUGGCUCUCCUACUGCAUGUUCGCGACGGCCGGCCUGCUCGUGCUCGGCAAGCUGCGCUUCCUGGCGACGGCCGUGGCGCUGCCGCUCUCGGUCGACGUCGACCUGGCCCGCUCCUUCUUCAGCCACGAGUCGCCCCUCGGCUCUACGAUGGCGGAUGAGUACCACCUGCGCAGCAUGGACGCCUUCCUGGCCUGCGUCAUCACCUGUAUCAGCACGUUCCUGUGGCGCGGUGCCUGGGGUAUCAUGGAUAAGUGCCUGCUGCCCCAGCAGCCUGCCGUCUCGUUCGCCAUCUCACUGGGCCUGGGCUUCGGCAUCACGACGCUGGCCUAUGUCGUCCAGUUCCCGGCUGUCAAGUGGAUGCGCUCGCUCUCGUUCGUGCCCGGCCUCUUCGUGCACGAUGCACUCGCGCUGUUCGGCUUUCUGGGCGUGAUAAACGUGUGGCGCGGUGUCUUCCUCUUCUUCGACACGGUGCUCCACGCUGGUCUGCCGGCCACGUUGCGACUGCCGGUGGCGGCGGCCGUGGUCGCGACAUCAGUGCCGCUGCUGAUGUUGCUCCGGCUCUCCAAGAACCUGCUGCUGUGCGGCGUCCAGCGCGACGUGCUCGGACCGCUGCCCUUCAACUGUAGGUGUCUGUCGCGCUUGCUGCAGAUGUGCUGGUCACACGAGCUGGAGGAGGUCGAAAUCGCUGACGAGUCCACCAUGGAGCUGGUGGAGGUGGCCGACUGGCUCCAGAAGCCCGAGGUGCUGCACCAGUUCAAAUGCCAGCACAUCAAGGACAGCCGCCUGGCGCACCCGAGCCUGCUGCUGGUGACGCCCACCCAGCUGCUGGUGCUGCGAGAGAUCGCCGGCAAGCCCGGCUGGGCGCACCUGGCCGUCAAGCGCUCGCUCACGUCCAUCGUCACCAUCACCAGCAAGAAGAAGCGGCCGGAACUCAUCACCUUCAAGUACGGCGUCAACGAGGGCGACAGCAUGACCGUCACGGACCUGGACAGGUUCUAUAUCCCGCGCGCCGGCGACGCCACCAAGGCCGUCAAGAUGGCCAUCAUCCAGCUGUCGUCGGAGGCGGAGGCGGAGGACGGAGGCGAGACGUGA